AUGAAAAAAUCAACGGAUUCGCCGAGUCUGAAAAAGAGAAAAAAGUUAAUUUCACAAAGUUUGAGUCAACCAGAAGAUUUUGUAUUUUGUUCAGCGGAUGAUCAUAAAGAAAUGGGUGAAGUUGUUCAACAAAAUAAUUUAGAUGAAGAUGGUACUCCUAACACUACAUCUCGUCAUUUAUCUGAUAAUAUGUUACACAAUAGUACCUCGUUUCAUUCAGACAAUGGUCGUUCAACAAAAAUGUCACUAUCAUUUUCACGUAUAAAAGAAAAAUUGGGGUCUAGCAACAAAAGUAAUCCUGUUGAUGAUUCUAAAAAUCUUGGCUACUACGUUGUAGAUUCGGACGGUUCAGACUUAGUUUUUAUCGAUAAUUUACCUAACGGAAGUGAUGAUUAUUUACAAAAUACAAGAAUUGGAUGUUCCGAACCCUCUGAAAAUUCACAUCACGAAGAUGAUGUUGAUUUGAGACGGAUUGAUCUGAGCAAUAACAUUAAUAUAUCAACAAUACCGAAAACGCAGCUUACUACGGAGAAAAAGAAUCAAAAUUAUAAUGAGAAUUAUCAACGCUCCAUGGUUGCAGUUAAUCAGUACAAUCCUCUAAAUAUCACACCAUCCGAUAAGUCACACGAUUUUCCGACACAGUCAACUAAACAUCAAUUUUAUUCGGUCAUGACUGAUGCUGACAAUGUUCAAGCAACACGCGCUAGUAUUGAAUGUGGCUUUCCAGUCGUCGUUCCAAAACAGACCAUUUUACCUCAAAAUCAUUCUAUCUCUUCCGUACAUAAUACUUCAACGUCCACAGCUUCUUCCAGUUCUGAUUCUUCCUCAAUAACAAACGACAAUAAAUGGCAAAAUCCAAAUGAUGAAGACUUAACAUUUCUAAGUGAAGAUGAAUACAUUCGAGUACAACAAGACGCUCUUGAAAGAAUUAUAUUGCUUCGUGUUUCAGUUACAAAUGAAUUAGAAAGUUUACUUCAAGACGAUGAUGAAGAUCAAGAUCAAACAGUACUUGCCGGAUUAUUUCAAGAGGCUCGUAAAAAGAAUGCAUCACUUUUGAGAGAAUUAGAACAAUUACAAGUACAAAAUUCAAGUUUAAAUCGUACUUGGGUAUGUGAUGUUUGCACAUUUAUCAAUAAGCCAUAUGCUCAGACCCAAUGUGAUGUUUGCGAAAUAUGUGAAGGACCAAAUAAACAUCCAUAUUGGAAUAAUCCACGAACCAGUAUGGAAGAACCACAAAUGGAAUUUGAUGAUCACGAUAUUAAUCUUAUUGCAGAUAAAGAGGGUGCUUAUGGUGGUAUAACAACUAGCGGCAGUGUUCAUGGGGUUGGAGGAAAAACUCGUACACUAGGAAAAGGAAAUAUAACGUCUGAUGGAAUUAUUGACGACGAUUUUGAAUCAGAAUUAAGUGGUCAUGCAUCAACGGAAAUCCAUGAUACAGAAGAUCCUGAUUAUAUUUUAAUGCAAAAAAUUGCUGCAUUCGAUAUUGUUCAAUGUUUUGGUGAUGACAAAUUUGGUCGAAAAAUAAUUAUUUGUUCUGCUUGUCGAUUACCAGCUGAAGAUGUGAUUAAAAAUAGUGAAUUUAAAACAGCUGAUAAAUUUUAUGAUUGUUUAUUAAAAUAUGUUUUACGUACAUUUGAUCAAUAUGUGGAUAUGGACUAUGUUUUAAUUUAUUUUCAUCAUGGUUUACGUAGUUUUAAUCGGCCAUCUUACGCAUGGCUUUUACGUUCUUAUCUCAAAAUUGAUCGAAAAUACAAAAAGAAUCUAAAAGCAUUUUACAUUGUUCAUCCAAGUAAUAAUAAUUUUACACGUUUAACGUUGAUCCUAAGGCAAUUUUCAUUUGUUAAAUUUUCUCGUAAAGUGUAUUAUAUAAAUAGAUUAGGACAAUUGGCUGAUCAUGUUCAUCUAGAUCAAAUUACAAUACCAAUUGAAGUGAAAAAUAUAUUGGACAAUGAGAAAGGUGAAACGAUACCACUUGUUGUUCGUCAAACAGUUGAAUUUAUAAAAAACUAUGGUUUAAACGAACCAGGAAUAUUUCGACGAGCUGCUAUUAUAUCACAAAUAAAACUAGUUCAAGAAAAAUAUAAUGAAGGGCAACCAGUGACAUAUGAACAAUUCGGUGAUGUGCAUUUAGCUGCUUGUGUAUUAAAAACAUUUUUACGUGAAUUAAGUGAACCAUUAUUGACAUACGGUCUCUAUUAUGAAAUUUUGGGACUUCAAGCAUUAAAUCGACCCAAUCAAGUUGAAAUAAUUCGCGAUUUAAUCAUUGAAAAAUUACCAGAACAUAAUUAUCGAAUCUUAAAAUAUAUUAUUGAAUUUUUGAAUUUGAUCUCCAGUUAUUCAGAUACAAAUUUAAUGACUGCAUCUAAUUUAUCAAUUGUUUUUGGUCCAAAUUUGGCUUGGUCACAAAAUUCUAUUGAUAAUACACUGGUUAAUAUGUCAUUUAUAAAUACAUUCACCGAAAUAUUAAUAUCACGUUAUACUGAAUUAUUUUUAAAAUAA